AAAUGUGCAAUCUUUAUGGUUUAGUAUCACUUUGCUCUAAACAUGUAUUUACCUACCGUAAGUAACAAGAGGACACAAGGUUUACAACCUUUCUCUUGAUGCGGAUACGCCCACUUGAGUAUUCCCUGUGCGCAAUGACGCGCGCGCCAAUGUGGACACUUUUGUUGUGUUGCCCACUGGUUACCAUGCGUAACCAAAACCACAGCUUCUGCUGAACAAAGCGCGGCGACUCAAAUACCCGGACUUAUAGUCAGCAACUGCAACACUAACCAUAUGUUUUAUUUUACAUCUCGUGAGUAAAAUUCGAUUAAGAUAAUUUGAUAGUUCAAUGUUUCCAGGCGGCGACCAUCUACGGAAUGACAGUUGCGCAUCUCUGUUUCGGGUGUGACAAACAGCUUUUGUGUCCUGCCGUGACUCAUAUUUCUAGAUUCUCAAGUAUAGUCGCGGAUAGCCUAUUUAAAGGAGACAUUACUUCUUGUUGAGGUAGCAGCUUGUUUACCUAGAAGUGCUCAUGUUUGACUCUUAUGAAAUCACGAGCCGAUGUUUGGGUCACUGGAAUAUCCCUUUAAAUCAUUACGGAUAACAAAUUGUUAACUAGUUCUGUUGCUGCAGGAGGCUGCUGGUGUAACAUUUGUUGGGGAGAGCUUCAGUUGAUCUCUUCUGGGUGUGUGAGCUCCAAAUGCAUUCAUUGCUGGAUCGGAAGAAGAAAGAAGUAGGGGUUGGGAUCGAUCUGUCUCUGAGCUACUCGUUGCCCCAAGCUGCUAGGAUGUUCAGCUGUGUGGGCUGCUUUUGGGUCUUCCUGUCCUACGCUCUGGUCGCUAUCUGUAGUUUCAGUUUUAUAUCAUCUGCAUGGAUUGUCAAGGACCAUCUGAAAAAUAAGGACUCUGUGAGCUUCGGCUUACUUUGGCACUGCUCCGAGUCCCUGGACCAUAUGUACAGAUGCUACACCUUCGGAGGACUCGGGAAAUUCGCUGAGAUUCCAUCCAGCUCGUGGCAGACGAGUGCAGUGCUCUGUUCUGGAGGAUGUGCUGUCCUGGCAGUCAGCUCCCUGUUGGCCAUCAUCACCAUCUUCUUGCCCAGCGGAGGCUGUGAGAGGAGGAUCUGUACACUGGCUGGAUACAUGCAGAUGACUGCGGUAUUCAUCAUGGGGUCUGGGCUGCUGGUCUAUCCCUUUGGGCUGAACUCCACCCUGGUGAGGUCCUUCUGUGGGGACUCAGACAUCUACUAUGCCGGGGACUGCCAGAUCGGCUGGGGAUACAUGCUGGCCAUCGUCGCCGUCAUGCUCACACUCUUCCUACCCUUCUUCGCCAAAUACGCACCCAAGGAGCAUCUGUCCCCAACCCCCCUGCCCACUCUCUUAUAGGACAACAACUGACCCCACCCUCCCCAACCUCAUCCAGUCAGUCUGCUACAGUACUUCCUACUUCCCUGUAUGAUGGAGUGGGAGAAACCCCUGCAUCCACUUCUUCAGUAGGAUGCCAUUUUAAAAAGCCCUGCCUCUAAUAUACAACUAGGCUAUACCCAACUGUGAACAACAUUUAUGUACUAACUUCCUUCAUACAAAAGCUAUUUCUUUGAUCUAAUAAUUUACCUAAUUGAAUGGAACUAUUUUUCUCUCCCAAUAAUGUCAAACGUUAACUCGUAUUGUUAUGACUAUUAAUUCACAUUUACUGUCAAUUUGUGACUGCAUUUCUGGUUAGACUUAUUUGAUAUUCAGUAUCUUUUCUGGAAAAAAAUACAUUUGAAAGAAACACAAGGAUUGACAACAACUCCCUCUGUUCAGAUAGACAGAAGUAUACAGCGCAUAAACCUUCCUAUCAUGUUAUACAUACAACGUUGGUUUAAUAUUACUGUAACCAGACAGAGGGUGAUGGUCAGGACUAGAACCAUAAUAUGAAUUCAUGGUGACAUUAAUAGUGGGCAAUAAGAGUGGUCAUUAAAUAUAUCAUUCCAGAAUAAUCAGGGAGUUGUUUGCAAAAGAGAAGGUGUGAAAAUAAGGAGAAUCUUAAUGAGGAGGUAAAGUAUGGCCUGAGAUUUACAGACAAUAUGAGACAUUUUUACAGUUAUCAAAAAACAUGGACACGCGUCUAUCUUCAAUGGAUCAAUGCGGAUUUGGCGAACAGUAAAGACAAUGAGAGACCCAUUUGACAUCAAGACUAAGCGAGGAUCAGAAAGGAUAUGAACACGGACUCAGGUCUCAACACAGUGAGCGCAUCAAGGAUUCUGUCCAGUGGAGUUUGAGGAGAGUGGAUUGUAUAAAGGUUUAGAUCCAGAUGCCGUUUUAUCCAGCAUUGAACAACACUGACUGAAUGGAUGUCAUAAGAUGGACAUGUAGCACAGUGAAAAAUGACCCUUGGGGACUCACCAUCUGACUUAGCCUACAUCUUCAACAUGGUUUUAAAUGGACUAUUGGACAGUAAAAAUUCUAAAGAAAGAAUUGAAUAGAUAUUUUUCAGUGAAGGAGCUGUACCAAACAAUAUAGAAGCAUCUGACCUGCCUUUAAGACAAAUUAAUAUAGAUAGAAGGUGUGCAUAGUAAUAACAUAAUACUUGUCUGAUAGUUAACUUUUGAAGACAUAUGAAAAGCAUUUGUUAUACAUUUUAUGUUGGGAUGACAUGACAUCCUUCUACCAACCUUUUCCCAGAGUUCCUAGUGUUAAUAUGGUUGUCUUGUAAACCCAAGUCAUUAUUGUUUCAGUUUUUACACCACACAAUACCAGGGUUGGGGUUAAUUCAACAAAUUCUAAUUAAAUUCCCUUUCCCUGUAAAUUCCAUUUAAUUACAUUUAAAGUCCAGGUCAUUGAUUCCAGUCGUUGAAUUUAGAGAUUUCAAUGCCUUUCAAUUCCAAUGUUAAUUAUUUAAUUCCCAAUCCAAUACUAUCCCCAACAAUUCCACAAAUUCUAAUUCAAUUCCCUCAGGCUGAUUAUGUCACAGUUCAGACCGCCCAGCCAAACUGGAAAUAGAAAUACAAGUUGAAAUUAUUUAAAACAAAUAAUGCAGUCAAUGUUUGAUAUUAUGUGCAUUCAUUCCAUUAACUGGGAAAUGUACAAAUAUUGAAUUCCAAUUGAAUUAAAUUCCAAAGAUGAAAUGUUUUUACAAUUUGAAUUCAAUUCCAAUUCAAGCAGACCAAACAGUCUAAUUCCAAUUCCAUAACUUGAAGAUUGAAUUUAAUUUGAAUUUCAACAAUGUAAAUUCUCCACUUCAUGAGUGAAUUCAAGAAUUGAAUUUGAAUUUCACAUUAAAUUGGAAUUGACCCCAACACUGCACAAUAUUAGCUAUACACUAUAAUUCAGGACUACAUUAAAUCAGGCUAAAGGCAAUUAGAUAAGACAGCAUUGUCUAGAAAUUAUUGACUAGAGUGCAGAUGAAGUUGGGGUUAGUUAAUAGUAAAACAGUUUAUCUAGAUUAGAUGAUCUGCUCUGACCAUACCAACGUGUGCCUUUAUAACAGAACCAAGACAAGUUACUUCAAUACUAUUAAUAUCAGGUUACCAUCUACUUCAGCUUAAACUGUGGAUAUUGUAGUGUAAAACAGUUGUAAUUUUGUUAUUUUCUCUGUGUGUGCUGUACUUUUCCUGUAUAUGUUUCAAGAUGUGUUUCUGAACAUUAUGAUCUUGUUGAAAACAUUCUCUAGAAGAAAAAAGCUGAUGUCUUCUAAAAGCUUGAAGGUAAUGACAGAUAGAACAAGAUGUACUUGUGUUGAAUUAUGCUGCUGACACUUUGCCAGUUUAUUCAUAAGAGGUAAAUAACUUUAAUCACUAAAUUAAAAGGUUGCAACAUAUUCCAUGUAAUUUAGAAUUAGAGUGGUUGAGCUUGAGAGCUGUACAAAUUUAACUUAGCUCAAAGUUAUCAGUGUUGAAUUGACACAUUAACCACGUAAUGUGUGAAGCAUGGCUUAAAAUAAUUACAUUCUGAGAUAAGGUAAUGGAUUAGUGUUUUUUUGCCAUCCCAUUCCUGAUUUUAUUCUAGUCAUGUUUCAAGGACAAAUUGUAUAAUUUCCUCCACUACACAGCCAAUGUAACAAAUAUUUUACAUACAUACUGUAUUCCAAGGUGUGUGUGUGUGUGUGUGUGUGUGUGUGUGUGUGUGUGUGUGUGUGUGUGUGUGUGUGUGUGUGUGUGUGUGUGUGUGUGUGUGUGUGUGUGUGUGUGUGUGUGUGUGUGUGUGUGUGUGUGUGUGUGUGUGUGUGUGUGUGCAUUAUGCUGGGGUGAACUUUGGAAAUUGCCAAAUUACUUACAAAGAGGGAAAAGUCUUGAUAAAAAAUAGUAAUUGUGUUGCCAUGUUUUGAAAAGAAGACCAGGAAAAAAAUGUUGGUAUUUGUAUUGGACCUCGUACUGUGCUUGAUAUUGGGAAAGACUGGGAUUCACUUGCUGCACAGGAUUUGUUACCCGAUAUGUUGAAACAUUGUGUGUCAAGUCUCAGCACUGGUGAAAGUGUUUUUUUUUGUAGAGAGUAGUAUUGGGUUUUCCAUUGUGAUAUUGUAUGUUGGUUGUAAAUAAACUACUAACUGUAUGUGGGUUCACUUUUCAUCCUAAA